CGUGACCCAGAUCAACCACACAGCAGCAUAAAAUCAUAACUGCUGCUGACCUGAGCUUCUCUUGUUCAAAUUAAGACCAAAUGCAGAAACUUUCAAAAUCAAUCAGAUUUUGAAAGUAGAAAAAGAGAAUACAGACUCUUUGCUCAUCAUUUUGGGACACUUUAACAGUGCCAAUCUAAUGACAGAAGUGCCCAAGUACAGACAGCAUGUCACUUGUGCCAUGAGAAAAGGGAACUCUUUGAAUCAUUGUUACACCAUGAGUUGAAUGUACUAAGAACAAUCUUCAGCCUCUCUCUGCUAGUAACCCACCCGUCUCCCCCACCUUGGCUCUCUCAUCUCUGCUACCCCACUCUUAAUUACCAAUAACGAGCAAGACGUUAACAGGCUCUUCAGGAAACAAAAGGCCAUGGAUUUGCUCUUCUGGUUGCUUGUAGACCCCUAAAGAAACCAAAAUCUCCAGAAAACAAAUCUCAUGAAUAUCAUCUUUAUCUUGUCAGCAUCGCUUCAUAAUAAACACUAUCUCUUCAACAGCAAUUUUGAAGACACUCAACAUGCAGCUGCUUAUAUAUGAAUUAAAAGAGUAUAAAGAGUGCACAGGCCACUCUCCAGAAAGUCAUUAAAUUUCCUAAAUGGGGGAGACUGUCAUUAAUCUCAUUUUGGUCCAUUAUAUUUCCCAGAUCUACACACUGUGUAUAGCUUUACCUAAUGAACAGACCAAGCCUCCUCUUUACUCUCAAAUUCUGACUAUAAAAGUUUUUAGUGUUUAGGCUUAAAGGUUAUUUAGUCAGUUAUGAACGGCUCUUUAUUGACCCCACACAGCUCACGGGCUGCAGCAAAUUCGUCACCACUUCCACCAUCCCCCUCUCCCUCUCCUUCACCUCCAUCUCCCUCACUGCUGCCUCUUUCCGCUUGCCCUCCAACUUUACCUCCUCCGGAUUCUACUGGUCAGAUGUGUUCUUUGUCUGACACCCCAACACCCUCACCCUCUCCUUGCCUUAGCUGGACCGAGUUCUGUGAGCUCCAUGCCCGAGUAGCAGCUGGUGAUUUUGCACGUCAUUUUAGGGCGUUUCUCCUGGAGAACCCACAUUAUUCACCUGAUUCUGCUGCUGCAUUUUGCCGCCGCUUUACUGAGAGAUUUGUUAGACAUUUUGAAAGUGAACUUGAGGAAAGUGGAGCAGUAAAAGAAGACACGGGGAUCUGGGUCACCCAAUCGGAUGCCACUUCACUGGAAGAAGAGGCGACAUCACCACCAUUGCCGCCACUUGAUGCAACAGCACCCUGCCCACAAACACCUUUAAGGGUUUCUCCCAAGCUACUUUCCUCUCGACAGCGAUUGAACAGUCAAAGCAGGGACAGAUUACAACACCCCACAGCUUUUCAGGACUCGUAUACUCACACGCAAAUUCUUCCUCCUUCCUCUUCCUCAUCUUGUUCUUCCUCAACAGGAGGAAACAAUGGACGGGGGGAAAAUAAAGCAUUGAAUGUGAAGAAACAUUCAGGCCACUUGCCUGGUAAUGGAAAUGAGGAAGAGGACAUCUGGGUGGGUUCAGUGACAGGAGAGGAGGAGUGUGAUGAAUUAGCAGUAAAAAAUGGUGAGGUUGAUGACAGUGCUCUUGCGGAAAGACCCAAUGACAGCCUAAAUCUACUCAGUCCUUCUUCUGAUGGACCACAAAAUUCUGAUGUAAAAUGCAGCUCCUCAAGCACUGUUGGGCACUCUAAAACCAAGUUAAAGAAGCGUUUCUCGCUGCGCAACGUGGGCCGCAGUGUGCGAGGCAGUGUGAGGGGCAUUCUGCACUGGCGGAGCUCCUCCAGUGACUCGCCUCAGAGCUGUGGCUCAGCUAAUGUAAUGCCUCUGCCCUCAAGCUAUAGCUACACAAUGGGCCUGCAGGAUGUCAAGAGGAACUCUCAAGGUGCCCAAUCAGCUCUCCCAGUCUCACUUUCCCUUCCCCUCUCACUCCCCCACUCAUCCUCCUCCUUGCCACCCUCGUCCUCCAGCAGCGCCACCUCUCUGUCCUUUUCUGAAGCUCGUGAUCGGAGGAGAAGUAAUGGAGAAGGUGAGAAGGAUAAGUGGACACACCGGCUGGAAAAGCUGCGGCUUUCCCGCUCACCACCUGCCAUCCCAACACCUGUGGGGCCCUCUUCAUCAAUGCUGCACUCAACUCAACCCCCCAGGAAGACAAGCAAACUUGUUCGAGAGGGUGGAGUGAACGUCUGCUCCUUUACAGAUGAAUUUACCAACUCUCAUGGGUUUUCAGGUUUCUCUUUUGGGUUUCUUUACCAUGGCUUGGACAGUAACAAUGCAGUCUCUGGGACUAGUGUGGAACAGGCAGGUGGACUACAGGCUCCAACCACAGGUGGAGCUUUAACUGGACAUGGCUCUCGAUGGCACAAAUGUCGUCUGGCCCUAAAGAAACGAGAAAAAGAAGGAAGAGAGCGAGAGGAUUACUUCCUGGAGUUUUACAUCCCUCCAAAGUCCUCUAAAUCCAGACUUACAAUCCCAUGCUGCUGCAUCUUGGAAAUAAGGAGCACUACAGCUCUUGAGGUGCCAGACAAGGAAAAUACCUUCCUUCUGCAGUUGGAAGGCCAGGUGCAGUAUGUGAUCGAGACUAGAGAUGCUGUUCAGAUGAGAGCUUGGCUAAGUGAUAUCAGAAACAGCAUUCAUCUAAGUGAACAAGAAGAUCCAGAGGGCUUGUGUAGUGGAGCACAUACUGACCUUAGUGGCACACCAGAAUUCAGCGACCAUCUGUCUCAAGUAUGCUAUGGUGGGGUGAGUGGGUCUCCACUGCUGGAGCCUCUUCCUCCUGAGCUCCCACCUCGUGCCCCUCUUGAUGAACCAGAUGGUCGACUGCUUGGUGGAGGUGGAUCCAGUCUUAGCAUGCCAUUUCCAGAGACGCCUGAUGCCACAGGGUCCUUCCUUUUCUCCGAGGGAUCAGCGGCAGAGCCAGAACACCCCCUAAGUGAAUGUCAGUGGUUCCAUGGCACUCUCUCACGGCUGAAGGCAGCCCAGUUGGUGCUUGCAGGCGGCAUUUCGAGCCACGGUGUCUUUCUUGUGCGCCAGAGUGAGACGCGGCGUGGCGAGUACGUCCUUACCUUUAAUUUUCAGGGCAAAGCCAAGCAUUUGCGUCUUUCUCUAAAUGAGGAUGGCCAGUGUCGAGUGCAGCAUCUCUGGUUCCAAUCCAUCUUUGAUAUGCUGGAGCACUUCCGGGUGCAUCCCAUCCCCCUGGAAUCUGGAGGGGCAUCUGAUGUCACUCUUAUCAGCUUUGUGGGGUCCACGACUGCCCGACAGACAGGCCGGGACAGGGCAGGCAGCCGGCCCACAGUCUGUGAUGUCAUCACCACGCGCCACCCUGAUUCUCCAUCAACCCCCAUCUCUGACUGUGUACUUGACCAGCAGACCCCGUAGCCCCCCUCAGCCCCCUCCACCAUCUGGGCGCCCUCCUCCACCCACCCCACCACAGGAGCGUGCAAGUGACCUUGAGGCUAUAGGAGCAGGGGGACC